AUGACCCUCCGCAUCCAAAUGGUCAAUAAGUCAUUUGCCAUGAUCAUCAAUGUAUAUGCACCAACUCCUGACACUGAAGAACAGAAGGAAUCCUUCUACACUGACCUUGAUAAAAUUUUAUCAUCCAUUCCAAAAAGAGAUAAUGAAUCCACCAAAGAGCGCUGGAAGGAACACUACCAAAAGCUUCUAAAUAGAGAAUCGACUGUGACUGACGACACCAUCGACUCCAUCCCUCAGCAUCCAAACUGGAAAACUCUUGCCAACCCACCAACACCUGAGGAGGUCUGCGAAGCAAUUAAACAAACUAACAAUAAAGCACCAGGUCCUGAUGGCAUACCAGCUGAAGUACUGAAAGUGGGAGGAGAAACACUGCCCAACAAGCUUCACUUGCUGCUCCUCAAAAUCUGGCGCUCUGAAGAAAUUCCUGCCGACUUACGUAAGGCUAACAUCGUCACCAUUUUCAAAAAGGGAGACAGAGCCGACUGUGGCAACUAUCAAGGCAUUGCCCUCCUGUCCAGCACUGCGAAGAUUCUUGGUGGAAUCUUUCUGAAUCGCCUGCUCCCUCUUGCAGCGCAACUGAGGACUUCUCAUCAAUUUAUAUAAUGGCAUAAUAUUUUCCGUAUUAUUCUCUAUCCCCUUCUUAAUACAGCCUAACAUCAGCAGUGGCCUGAGUAUGUUCAGCAGAAGAGGCUCUCCCCCAGUUUUCAGAAGAUGAGAUCAGAUAUGAUAGACAGCAACAACACCAAAUCUAGUGCCCCCCUCCUGGAUCAAAGGCACUUGAGGAUGGUGACUAAAGAUGGACACAGCACACUACAGAUUGAUGGCACCCAAAGGAAAGGUCUGGCAUACCUACGAGAUGCUUGGGGAAUACUAAUGGACAUGCGCUGGCGAUGGAUGAUGCUAGUCUUUGCUGCUUCUUUUGUCAUCCACUGGCUAGUCUUUGCAGUGCUCUGGUACCUCCUGGCUGAGAUGAAUGGGGACCUGGAGUUGGAUCAUGAUGCCCCACCUGACAACCAUACCAUUUGUGUUAAGUACGUCACCAGCUUUACAGCUGCUUUCUCCUUCUCCCUGGAGACACAGCUCACUAUUGGUUAUGGCACCAUGUUCCCAAGUGGGGACUGUCCUAGUGCUAUCGCCCUGCUUGCCAUACAGAUGGUCCUGGGGCUCAUGUUGGAGGCCUUCAUCACAGGUGCUUUUGUGGCAAAGAUUGCCCGUCCAAAGAAUCGAGCAUUCUCCAUCCGCUUUACUCAUUCUGCAGUAGUGGCACACACAGAGGGCAAGCCAUACCUUAUGUUCCAGGUGGCCAACACUCGUCCCAGCCCACUCACCAGCGUUCGGGUUUCAGCUAUUCUUUACCAAGAACAGGAGAAUGGUCAGCUGCAUCAAACGAGUGUGGAUUUCCACCUGGACAGUAUCACGUUUGAGGAGUGUCCAUUCUUUAUCUUUCCACUGACCUACUACCACUCCAUUACCCCAUCUAGUCCUCUAGGUGUUCUCCUCCAAGGGGAUACCCCUCGCCAUUUUGAGCUAGUAGUCUUCCUCUCAGCAAUGCAGGAAGGCACAGGGGAAACAUGUCAGAGGAGGACAUCCUACCUCCCAUCUGAGAUCAUUCUACACCAUCGCUUUGCUUCUAUGCUGGCCCGAGGUGCCAAAGGGGAAUAUCAGAUCAAGAUGGAGAAUUUUGACAAGACUAUUCCAGAGCUCCCAGCUGCAGCAGACUCUAAGAGUCCAAAGAGGACUGACAUGAAGAUCCGCAUCAAUGGACAGCACACUGACAGCUUCCAGAUUUCUGAGACUGGUCUGAUAGAAUAG